CGCUUCUGAAACGUUUAAAUACCAUUGAAUCAAUAUUUGAAAGCAAAGUUGAAUCUUGAAGUAUUAUUUGGUUUUAACCUUUCAGUAAGAAAGAAAAAAAAACUAUAUAUGGGCUACCAUCCAUGUUUGGAAAAAUGGAACAUUUUUUUGUCUUAUUAUUACAUUAUUAUAAAUUGGUUGUCUCAGCUUGCAUCAUUACUGGCUGGUAUGAGCAAUUGCUAGUUUAAGUCACUGAUUGUCUUUUUUAAUGCAUGUUUUUAUUGUUUGCAUUUUGCUUCAGUCCUUUAUGUUAAAAUGGAAAAUGAUACAUAUGGAAAUGAGAGCGGCAUGAAUGAAAAUGUCAGUUUAGAGCAGUCAAUUGAACAAGCACCCGUAAAGACUAAAGAAGAACUAUUUUGUCAUGAUAAACCCGACGAGGGCCAUAAGGACAAUAAACCACCUAGUGACGAGUCAACCGAUCAAGUUGAAAGUGUAUUGACUGCAAACAAAAAAGACGAAUCUAAUUCAUCUGAAUCAGUAACUUUCAAAGUGAUUUUCAAUAAAAACAAACAUGAUAUAAAAUGGGAACUUGAUAAAACUGUAUUAUCUCUAAAGAAUCAUAUUCAAACUUUAACUAAUGUUGCUCCAGCGAUGCAAAAACUCAUGUUCAAAGGUCUUGCCAAAGAUGAAAAGACAUUAAGAGAACUGGGUGUAACAAAAGGUUCAAAGAUGAUGCUUGUUGGCUCAAAACUGCAAGAUGUAAUAUCGAUAAAUACUGUCAAUGCCGGGGCAUCAGCUUCAGAAGAUGAGAAAGCGGAAAACAAGAAAGAACCCUUGUCUAAGCAGAAGCCUCAUGCAAAGGUAAUUGAAAAAGGAGUUCCAGAUGAUGUAAUGCCUGGGUAUUCGAAUGGGAAAGAGCCUCUUCCAAGCACACCUUUAAAAGGAAUGGUGAACAAAUUCAGCAACAAGGUACGACUAACUUUCAAACUUGAAGCAGAUCAACUUUGGCUUGGGACGAAAGAUCGCACAGAAAAACUUCCACUUAAUUCAAUCAAAGAUGUUGUUUCUGAAUCAAUUGAUGAUCACCCUGGUUAUCACAUGCUCGCACUUCAAUUGGGACCAACUGUGCAAAGCAGGUAUUGGAUCUAUUGGGUUCCAUCACAAUAUGUUGAUGCAAUAAAAGAUGCAAUUUUGGGAAAAUGGCAAAUGUUUUGAGGCUUGUUUGUUGCCAGUGACUUCUCAUAUACCUGCAGAUUGAUUGCUGGAGCAUUGUGCCAAAUUUUGACCUUGUAAUAAUCUACUUCUUACAUUUCUUGUUAUAUUUUUGAGCAUUACACUUUUAAGAAUUGUCAAGACUCGCACACACUUUCCAUUGCUGGUUAUG